AUGGAAUUACCUGUUUUACCAGAUCAAUUAUUUAAUGACAGGGUAAGAAUAUGGCAAGAGUACUUAGAUAAUAGGUUGGAUGAUCCAAACGUUGUAAAUUAUCAUGAAGCAAUCAAACGUAUGCUUCAUCUUGAGGAGCGACGAUUAACUGUAAAUAUUGAUGAUAUUAGAGACUAUAAUCGCAAUCUUGCAGAUGGAUUAUUAAAUGAACCUUCAGAAUAUUUGCCACCAUUCAAUAAAGCAUUAAAAGACGUUGUUUUAACAAUAAGAGAUAUUAAUAAGCAUAAAGUUGAUGAUGUUUUGUUUUAUAUUGGAUUAAUUGGAUCAUUUGGUGAUCAACAUAUAAGUCCACGUACUAUUCGUGCUCAGCAUUUGGGUAAAUUGGUUUGUCUUGAGGGAAUUGUUACACGUUGUUCACUUGUACGUCCAAAAAUAGUGAAAUCUGUUCACUAUUGUGAAAAAACAAAGCUUUUUCAUUAUCAUGAAUAUAGAGAUGUUACGGCAAUAGGUAAUGAAAUACCAACAUCUAGUGUUUAUCCUACACAAGAUGAAAAUGGAAAUCCUUUGACUACGGAAUUUGGAUAUUCUGUUUAUCGCGAUCAUCAAACAAUUUCUAUUCAAGAAAUGCCUGAAAGAGCACCUGCUGGACAAUUACCAAGAAGUAUUGAUGUAGUUAUGGAUGAUGACUUAGUCGAUCGCGUAAAACCUGGGGAUCGCAUUCAAUUAGUAGGUCUUUAUAGGGCUUUAGGAAAUAGAAAUGCAUCAUCAAGUUCUACAUUUCGAACAAUUAUUAUUGCAAACAAUGUUAUUUUAUUAUCUUCUAAAGGAAAUGGAGGUAUUGCACAGAUAGAUAUUACGGAUACAGAUAUAAGAAAUAUUAAUAAACUUUCAAAAAAAAAAAACAUAUUUGAAUUACUUUCUCGCUCUCUUGCCCCAAGUAUUUUUGAAUAUGACUACAUUAAAAAGGCGGUUCUUCUUUUGCUGCUUGGAGGGAUUGAAAAAAAUCUUGAUAAUGGAACACAUAUUAGAGGUGAUAUCAAUAUUUUAAUGGUAGGUGAUCCAUCUACAGCAAAAUCCCAAAUGCUUCGUUUUAUUGUAAACACUGUUCCAUUAGCUAUUGCUACUACUGGAAGGGGUUCUUCUGGAGUGGGAUUAACAGCUGCAGUUACGACGGAUAAAGAAACAGGAGAACGUCGUCUUGAAGCAGGUGCUAUGGUAUUAGCAGAUCGUGGAGUGAUUUGUAUUGAUGAAUUUGAUAAAAUGUCUGACAUUGAUCGUAUUGCAAUUCAUGAAGUUAUGGAACAGCAGACUGUUACAAUAGCAAAAGCAGGGAUUCACACUUCUCUUAAUGCAAGAUGCAGUGUUAUUGCAGCUGCAAAUCCUGUUUAUGGUCAAUAUGAUCCUCAUAAAGAUCCUCAUCGAAAUAUUGCCUUACCUGAUUCUUUGUUAUCUCGAUUCGAUCUUUUAUUUGUUAUUACAGAUGAUAUUGAUGAGGCUCGUGACCGUUCUAUUUCUGAACAUGUAUUGCGUAUGCAUCGUUAUUUAGCACCUGGUACUGAAGAAGGUGUUCCUGUAGCAGAUAAAUAUGGAAAAAAUUUAUCAGUAGGUACAGGAAGUGGUCUUGGAGCUGAUAGUUUAAUUUAUGAAAAAAUGAAUCAAAUAUUUUAUAAUAAUUCUUCUAAUGCAGAAAAAUCAAAAAAAAAUGAAAUUUUAAGUAUUUCUUUUUUAAAGAAAUACAUUCAAUACGCAAAAAGUCGAAUAAAACCCGUACUUACGAAAAAGGCGGCGGAUUAUAUUAUAUCUACAUAUAGCGCUUUGAGAAAUGACGAGUUAGGAGCUAAUCAGCGUAAAACAUCACCUAUAACUGCACGGACAUUAGAAACACUUAUCCGUUUAUCAACUGCACAUGCCAAAGUUAGAUUAUCUCAAAAGGUUGAAGAAAAAGAUGCUUAUAUUGCUGAAGAAAUUCUCAGAUAUUCUUUAUUUAAAGAAAUUGUUAAAGAAGAUCGGCGAAAACGACGUCGACUUCAAAAAACUCAAGAUAGUGAAAGCGAAGAAAAUGAAUGUGAAGCAAUAGAUGAAAAUAAUAUAGAACCUCAGUUAAAAUCAAGUAAAAAGAUCGCUACAAUGCAACAUCCUGAUGACGAUACUCCAAUGCCCGACAUAAAUAAUAUUCAUAUAACUGAUUAUACACAAGAGCCUAGCGGUAGAAAUAUACAACAGGAAUCUCAACAAGAAACUCAAGUUUCCUGGGGAUCCACACAAUCAUUAUAUACACAAUCUCAAAUCGAUCAAGAUAGCCUUUCUAAAGACAACACUCAGCCAAAUCUUCCUACAGAACAAGUCAUAUCUCCAUCUAGAUUCUCCCUUUUCUCAUCUAAAUUAGCACAUCUCAUAACUACGCCUUUGUUCAGAGAAGAAUAUGCAAAUUUUAAUGAUUUAUUCUCUGAAAUCAAUAAAGAAUUAGCACAAGAAGAACUCUUUACAACUCGCGAAGUUAUGGCAGCAUUAAAUAAAUUAUCAGAACAAAACAAAAUUAUGAUUUCUAAUAAUAUUAUUUAUAAAAUUUAA